CCAGGGCUAAAAGCGGGAUGCGUUCACUGCAGAAAGCUCGGAGGUGUUGCUCCUUUUCCACCACUCUCACCCAUAACGUCAUACAAGGGAGCUAGGGCCAUGAUUGACUCUUCCACCACAGCUUGAGCUACCUAUUCUUGUCCAACCACGAAAAAAAACGUCGAUUGGUCCUCGGAAGGAAUUCCCCCAUUCCCGUUGUGAUACCUACCAUUCCCGAUCUGGUCCCAAACAUUUGAAUCCCUUCAACGUCCAACCAUCUCCAACUAACCUACACCAACCAACCAGUCAGCCCACCAACCAGCCCACCAUGGCACCUCUCCUACCCCGAAUGCAGGUCUUUGAGAUAGCAGACCAAGAAUGGUUCCCCCAAUUCCUCCGCACCCACAUGCAAGCCGCCCUAACAGCAGCCUGGACAACCCACAUCCCCCUCCUCCAAUCCUCCUCCCCCGCCCGCAUCGUCGCCCGUCUCCUCUCCCAUCACCUCGGCCCCUCUAUUCACAAUUACACCUUCAUCGACUUUUGCGCCGGUGCCGGCGGCCCAACCCCCUCGAUAGAGAAACACCUCAACGCCUCCAUUUCCACCUCCCCCCCCUCCUACGCCAAAGCAGCCACCGCCCCCCCACCGGUCCAAUUCAUCCUCACCGACCUCCACCCCCACCCGGCCCUCUGGUCCGCCGCCGCCUCUGCCUCCCCUAACCUGUCUUAUGUCUCGUCUUCUGUCGACGCGAGCAGCGUCCCCCAGCACUUGAUCAAUGACCAGAAGCAAAAAGGGAAAAAGGUUUUCAGAUUGUUCAACCUUGCCUUUCACCACUUUGACGACACCCUCGCGAGGAAAAUCCUCCGAAACACGCUCGAGACCAGCGACGGGUUUGGCAUCUUUGAACUGCAGGACCGGUCUCUGUCGGGGUUUUUGGCGUGCUGUUUGUUCGGUCUUGGGGCGAUGGUCAUGGCGCCUUACUAUGCUUUUUUGUGGGGGGCUCCGUUGGCGCUGGUGUGGACGUAUCUGGUGCCGGCGCUGCCGGCGGUGUUGGUUUUUGAUGGGUGGAUGUCUAGUCUCAGGACGAGGACGGUGGGGGAGGUGAAGGAUUUAAUGGGGAGUUGCGGGUUGGGGGAGGGGGAAAUAAGGAAGUGGGAGGUUAGGAGUGGGACGGAGAGGUUUAUUCCUGGGGUGGGGUAUGUCAAUUGGAUUAUUGUGACGAGGAAGGGGAGUCAGGAGUAGGGAGGAAGGGUUGUAGGAUAGGGAUGGUGUGAAUAUUGGGCGGUACACAUCAUACAUUGGGAGGGUUGAUCGUAGAUGGCCCGAGUUUACAACGCUUUGAUGGCUGGCCAACCCGGGCGUAAUUCAGUUUUUGGGUAUCAACAACAUACAUACAUACAUGCAUCUUACAGCCCAUGCAAUCCAAAAGCAUGAAUAUGACAAAAAGCA